AUGGUGCGGUCCAGCGCCGACCAUACUGACGUCAAGCGCCAGCCGGCUGUCAAGGGCCAGCCGGCGGCCGUCAAGAGCGAGCGGCAGCUGACGGCUGAGGAGCACUGGGAGUGGCACGCGCCGCACAUCCGCAACUGGCGCGGCGAGUGGAAGAUCUGGAAGCCAGUGGACAGCGACGCGCUGCAGAAAUCGUUCAAAUCCGUCCGUUCGUUUCAAUUCAAGGAUGCGGAGAAGUCCGCUUUUGACCACGUGAACGACUGGUACGAGGAGAAGGGAGAUUUAACCAUGACUCCCUUGUCAGGGGUAACUUGGGAAAUUACCCGCAAGGAUCACAGCCUGUCCGACGGCAUCAUGCACCCUGCCCGCCCUUCUCACCGAGUGCUGUGCGUCAAUCCCAAGGGCGAGGGCGCGUGGGUGCAGCAGCAGUUCAAAGGGCCGCAGGAGGGGCUUUACCUGGAAGCGUUUAUCAGCAAGGUGGGAAUGCCUUUUAGCAUGUCUGCCACGUGGCAUGUGAGCAGGCAUGAGGUGAAGCGGGUGCUUGCUUCGUAUGAUGAAACGGGGAGGCUGCUAGGGCUGUCCGGAGGGGAUUACACCCAUUGA